AUGGACAGCAUGGUGCGCAGACGUGAUCCAGCUUGCUUCAUCAAGAUUCCGCGCUGCGUGAGAGAUGGGCUAUAUGGAGCGGUCGAGAAGGCAGAGCUGCAUAUAUUCAUCGAUGCCAGCCCGAAUGCUUAUGGAGCAUGUGCCUAUUUGAGAACAGUCGAUGACGGCGGAAAUACAGCUACAUCACUAAUAGUAGCCAAGUCUCGAGUAGCACCUACCGAGAUUUUAACACUGCCGAAGCUCGAGCUUAUGGCCACGGUAGCAGGAGCAAGACUAUUAAAAUACAUCCGCUCAUCGUGGGAUUCAACGCAUUUUCCCUGCAUCAUGUGGACAGACACAACGAGCACACUGAGCUGCAUCCGGGGUGACUACGACAAGUUGGGUCAGUUUGUAAAGCAUAGAGUGGCGGAAAUUGUCGAAGCUGCUGACCCACUGCUAUGGCGUUACUGCCCAGGAGAAGACAAGCCGUGA